GAUAGUCGCUCGAGCAACACCACAGAAGGCAGCCAAGAACCAAGACAGGACACACGGCUCCCCACAGUCAUCAAUCACAAUGAACCCACGCGUCGAGGAAAUCAGCGACUCCGAGUCGGACAGCGAGCCCUCAGAGAUGGAUAUUGAUGACGUGACGUCUCUGAUCCAGCCUUCAAAUCUACCCAGCUCCUCGUCGAUGCCCUCGCAGCUGCUGCAGCCACAAUCCCCCGCCAUCAAGACGUCCACCGACCGCGAAAGGUCCAAGCACUACCAGUGCUUAUACCCAAUCUACUUCGACAAGGCACGAUCAAGAGCCGAGGGACGCCGAGUAGGCCAGGAACUUGCCGUCGAGAACCCCCUGGCCCGGGAAAUGGCAGAUGCAGCCGCGAAUCUAGGCCUACGAACCGUCUUCGAGCCAGACAAGACGCACCCCAAGGACUGGUCUAACCCGGGCAGAGUGCGCGUCUUGCUGAAGCAUGAGGGCAAGCUGCUGGAUGACGACAUAAAGAACAAGCAUCACCUCUACAUCCUCAUCGCCUCCUACCUGAGGGCGAAUCCAACACAGAAGACGACUCCUUUCAGGUUACCCAUUGCUGGUAUUCCCAUGCCCAAGGAGAUGCCAGAACCAGCCAUUCCAAAGGGCUGGAAGAUGAACAAGAUCUUGCCUCUGCACUCGCCUGCUCUGACAGGAGGUGGCGUCUCGGACAAUUUCCUGCAAGACAUGAUGGCAGAAAUGCAGGGUGGCAUCGAGGGCGGCAGUGGAGCAAGUAGCGGCACAGAGACUAAGAAGAAGAAGGACAAGAAGAAAAAAUGAUAACGUGGAAGCAAGUAGCCAUCGACCGCCAACGCACUGCUGAGCACCUCCGACCAUGAGGUGCGGAGUGUAAUCCGUUGUCCUUUUUGCCGCACACACAUAGGGCAUAGCCCGUACAUCAUACGCCAAGUCGCCUCACCACGCUUUACCAGCUGCAAUAUCGACAAGGGGCUUUACAUUCUUACACGAUAUGGGGCAACGAAUCACCAAUUUCAAAAUUCAAAAUUCAAUCAGCA